AUGAGUGGUGAACAUCCUAACAUGUCAGCAAACCUCUCUGGAAAACAGAAGCUAAAUCUUGUGCUGUGUGGAAGUGAUGGAUCACUUAAGGUCUCUGUGUUAAAACUUUUACGUGGGAAAAAGAUUAAAACUUCAUGUUGGCAAACGAGCAGUGAAGUGAGUGAGAAGAAAGAGGAGAAGAUACAUGGACGUCUGAUCAGGCUGCUGGAGUUUCCCGUUCUCAGUUGUCUCUCAGAGGAAGAAGCGAUGCAUCAGACUCUCCGCUGUGUGUCUCUCUGUCAUCCUGGAGUUCAUGCCUUCAUCAUAACUGUUCCUGUUGGUCCACUGACUGAUGAAAGCAAAGGAGAAAUAGAAAUGAUUCAGAAGUUAUUUAACUGUAGAGAGCAUUUUAUACUGCUCUUCACAACAGAGUUUACUGUUGAAGCAUCAAUGACAGAUUUCGUCAAAUCCACUCCAGAAUGUCAGAGGUUAAUCAGUCUCUGUGGAGGUCAGUACAGAGUGAUGGGGUUGAAGGAACCUAAAAACUCAAAACAGAUCCCAGAUCUACUGGAUUAUAUAGAGAACAUGAACACUGAACCAUAUUCACUUCAGAUGCAUGUGAAAGCUCAAGAGAUUAAAACCAGACGUGAACUGGAGGGAAAAAUGAGGGAAAUGGAAAGUACGAUCAAAGACCUGCAGAAGAAGAUUCCAACAGAAAGUGCUAAAGGUGAAGCAGAUGAUAUCGAGUGUUUGAGAAUUGUGCUAAUUGGAAGGACAGGAAAUGGAAAGAGUGCAACAGGAAACACUAUUCUGGGGGAAAAAAGGUUUUGCAGCCAAUCAAGCAUAGAUUCAGUGACAACAGUUUGUAUGAAGGGAGUUGGUGAAGUUGAUGGUCGAUCAGUGGCUGUUGUUGAUACUCCAGGACUCUUUGACACGACACUGAAAAAUGAACAAGUGGUGGAAGAAAUAGUGACAUGUGUUUCACUCUCGUCACCUGGACCUCAUGUGUUUGUCAUUGUGUUGAGUGUGGGAAGAUUCACCAAGGAAGAGAAUGAUACUAUGCAGUUGAUUAAGAAGAUCUUUGGUCAUAAAGCUGCUCAGUUCAGUAUCGUCCUGUUCACUGGAGGAGACAAGCUGAAAAAUAAGUCCAUAAAUGAAUAUGUCAGUGAAACUAAAAAUGCUGAAUUCAGGAAGCUGAUCAGUGAUUGUGGAAACAGAUUCCUGGUUUUUAAUAACACAGAAAAACAAGAAAGAACUCAAGUGAUUCAACUGUUAAACAUGAUAGAAGAGGUGAGAAAUAGUAGUCAGGGUAGAUAUUUCACUAACAGCAUGUUUGAGGAGGCAGAGAUGUCCAUUAAAAAGAGAAUGGAGCAAAUACUGAAAGAGAGAGAGAGAGAAAUUCAUGCUGAAAAUGAGAUGUUAAAAGCAAAAUAUAAGACUGAAAUGAAAAACGUGAUGAAGAGACUUGAUGAAGAGAAACAAAAAGUAGAUGAGGAGAAAAUGAAAAUAGAGAAUCAAUUCAGAGAAAAAGAGAAAAAUCUCAGGAAAGUGUUUGAAGAGAAAGAGAAAACAGAACAGAAGAAAAGAGAGAUUGUGAACCAAAAACGAUCAGAAGAGGAAAAACAGCAAAGAGCUGAAUAUCAUCAUAAAAUAGAAGAGAUGAAGAGAGAGAUUGAAAAUCAGAGAUCAGAUUAUGAAAAACAGCAGAAAGAAAGAGAAGAAGACUAUAGAAAGAGAGAAGAGAAAUACAGAGAAGAUCUAGAAAAGAUAAAACAUGAACAAAAACGUAUUAUAGCAGAGGUUCAGAGGAAACAAGAAGAAGAAACUAAGAAGAGAGAAUCUGAGGAAAGAAAGAGGAUUGAACAAGAAGAGAAAGAGAGAGAGGAAUGGAGAAGAAGAAUAAAAGAGGCUGAAAAUGACAGAAAAGAGACUCAAGAGGAAAUUAAACGACAGCAGAGAGAAUGGGAGGAUGAAAAGAAACGGCAGAUGAGAGAACGAGAGGAAGAAGAAAGAAAGAGAAAAGAGAAACAUGAGGAACAACUGAAAGAAAAACAAAAAGAACUGGAGAAAAUGAGAAAGAGAUUUGAAAGAGAGAAAGAAGAAGAAAGACAAAAGAUAGAGGAGGAGAGACAGAAACGCAGAAGAGAAAAAGAAGAAAAAGAGAGAGAAUAUGAAGAAAAGAAACAGGAAACAAAAAGACAUUAUGAACAAUUGGAGGGAGAGAGAAAAGAGGAGUGGGAGAGAAGAAAACGAGAAGAUGAUGAGAGACAAGAAGAAGAGAGAAAGAGAUGGAAGAAAAUUGUUGAUGAUCUGAAACAAGAACAAGAAGAAGAGACCAAGAAAAGAGAAAGAGAGGAGAAUUGGAGAAAAGAAAGAGAAGAGAAGGAGCGAAAUGAAAUGAAACAGAAACAUGAAGAGGAAAUGAGAGAGAUGAAGAAGAAACAUGAAGAUGAAGCCAGAAAACAAGCAGAAGAAUGGAAUGAUUUCAGAGAGAAAAAAGAGAAGCACGUUCAGGAGCUUCAGCAGAUGCUGGAAGAUCAUCAGAAACAACAUGACGUACUGGAGAAACUCUACCAACACCUCCAGAAUCAGAAAGAAGAUGAAAUAAAAGAGCUGCUACAAGAAGUGGAAAAACUGAAGAAUAAUUCAAGCUGUUCUAUUCUGUGAUUGUUUUCAAAGCAAAGAUGAGGGUUAAAUAACA